AUGUCCUCCUCUAUCCACAUCGACGAAGCCACUGGCUCAGACACAUCUGGGACUGGUACCACAGACCAGCCAUACCAGUCGCUCGGAUUCGCUCUAUUCAAGCAUGGCGCAUCAGCAUCGUUUCUAACACGCAAAGAUGCCUCUGCUACAUUCGAGGAGCCCACCCAAUCGUCCGUUAAAAAGGCUAAGAAGACCGCUGAAGGCUUAGAGAAGAAGGCAAAGAAAGCAGAGGAGUUGGAGCGCAAAGAGGCGGAAGAAAGGGAGAAACGCCAACAAGUUCUUGAACAGAGCAAGAGCAUCGUGCUUGUCGAAGAUGCCACUCUUCCUAAAGCUGUCAAGGCAAAAAUUGUGCAUCUCGAGCCAUUGCGGGGACAACGAGUACGAGUAUUCGGCUGGGUUCACCGUCUGCGUUCACAAAAAGGGCUUAUUUUCAUCGACCUCCGUGACGGUACUGGCUACCUCCAAUCCUUGCUCUCUGGCCUUUCGGCAAAUCACACCUAUUCCCAGAUCCAAACAUACGAAGCCCUGACACUCUCGGUCGAAUCGACGGUUGAACUUGUGGGUACGCUUCAAGCUGUCCCGGAAGGAAAGACAGCGCCAGGCGGACAUGAGUUAAUCGUUGACUUCUGGCGUCUCGUGGGCGGCUCUCCCAGCGGCGAGGACUCUUUCUCGACCCGAGUUAACGAACACUCCGACCCUUCGAUUAAGGCUGAUUUGCGCCAUCUUGUCAUCCGUGGCGAGACAGCCUCCAGCGUCCUCCGUUUACGCGCUGCGAUGCUGAGCGCGUUCCGCAAAGUAUAUGCAAACCACAACAUCUUGGAGGUUACACCACCGUGCCUGGUACAGACCCAGGUAGAAGGUGGUGCAACGCUUUUCAAGCUCGACUACUAUGGCCAAGCAGCUUUCCUUACUCAAAGUUCGCAACUGUACUUAGAGACAUGUCUUCCUAGUCUUGGAGAUGUGUUUUGUGUGCAAGAAAGUUUCCGUGCGGAGAACAGCCACACACGUCGACAUUUGAGCGAAUACACGCAUAUGGAGGCCGAGCUAGCGUUCAUCGACUUCAAUGACUUGAUGACCCAUCUUGAAACCAUUAUUUGCGAAACAGUAGAUAUAUUGCUCGCAGAGCCAGCUUCUGCUGCACUGAUCAAACAACUCAACCCUGACUUCCAAGCUCCAAGCCGCCCAUUUAUGCGCAUGUCAUACGAAGACGCUAUUGCUUGGCUGGUGUCGCAUGGAAUUCAGCACGCUGCCGAAGACGCCGAUGGAAACACCAUUCUUGAUGCCAACGGCGCUCCCAAAAUGGUCGACCAUGUCGUCGGUGACGAUAUUGCUGAAGCCGCAGAACGACAAAUGACCGAUAUUAUUGGCAAACCCAUCUUCUUGCACGGCUUCCCCGCCGAACUCAAAGCUUUCUACAUGCGUAAAAUUCCGGGCAAGGACGGUACCCCUGGCAAGUUUACGGAGAGCUGCGAUUUAUUGAUGCCCAACGUUGGAGAAAUUGUUGGUGGCUCAAUGAGGAUCGACGAUAUAGACGAAUUAGUGGCUGCCUAUGGACGCGAAGGAAUUCCCACGGAGCCCUACUAUUGGUUUACGGAUCAACGCAAAUAUGGGACCUGCCCACACGGUGGAUAUGGACUUGGUGUUGAGCGUUUCCUUGCGUGGCUUGCGAACCGUUAUACUGUUCGCGACUGCUCGUUAUACCCUAGAUGGCCCGGACGUGCCACGCCUUGA